AAACGUUUAAAAGUACCUGAUUUGUUAAGAUAAUAUACCUUUAUGUUAUGAUGCAUCAUAAGGAUCUUUAUAAAAAGGGUGUGGAUAUUGGUGUGCAGCAACAACUGCGGCAACAACAGUUGCUAAAUGAACAAAGACAACGCCGCCUAAAUUCACAAGAUGAGAGCCGGCAUUUAGAAGCUCUGACUACGGAGCCCGAACAAGGCGAAGAACAACAGCAACAACAACAACUGCCCAAGGCGAGGAAGCAACAAAACAAGAAUCAAAAGGGGCAACAACACUUUCGACUGCAGCAGUCGGAAUGGCUGCGUCAGCGACCAAAGAACCUCAGCGAUUGGCUCCUUGUGCCUUGUCCAAGCGGUAAACGUUGCUUGGUAGUGGCUGCCAAUGGACGGACGAAGGUGUACAAUAAGGCAGGCCGGCAAAUUAUGCAGAUCCGCACCCUUCUGCCGGGCGAUGGGCACGUGCAAAAGUGCAAGACCGUGUUAGAUUGCGUGUACGUGCCGGAUUUAAACUGUUUCUAUGUGCUGGACGCGCUCACUUUUGGUCAGCAACAGUUGUUGGAGUGCGAAGCAAGUUUUCGCUUUUAUUGGCUGCAGGCGCGCUUCGAGGAACACCCUGAAUUGACAGAGCGCAGUAAGCGAAAUGAGAAAGCCUUCCAACUACUCAACUACUACGACUUUGAGAAUGCACCGGUAGUGGAGGAAGCGCUGCAACGCUAUCCACUUUGGCUGGAGGAUAAGCCACGUCUGGAUGGUCUGCUCUUUUACCAUAAGGAUGCAAGUUACACUUGCGGCACCACGCCUUUGGUUUGCUGGCUUUUUGCCUUCAUGCUGCCUGAUGUGCUUGGAAUGCCUAUUAAUGCGGGCUACGAGGCUCCUGAAGAUUAUGAUGGAGCAGCUGCGCUGGCAUACAUGGAUGAGUUCGAUAGAAAAUUGCUGGAGCAGAGGAAGCUGAUGAAAAUGCGAGCAAAAGCUGCAAAAACAGCGGCUACUGAGGAAGUAUACAAUGAAAUGGAUGUUGCGGAUCCAGAGGGAGACGAAGAUUUUGAGAGCUUACAAAUAUUGUUGGACCACGACCGUCGCUUGGAGUUAGGCGAACUGGAUAUGGAAUGUGAAGUGGCGGCAACCUGCUAAGUUGCCGCCACAUUAGUGAUACUGAAGGUGGG